CAUCGUGUAGUUGGUGGAGAAGAAGCAAUAAGAGGUAGCUGGCCAUGGCAGACAACUGUUUCACACAAAGGAGCAUUUAUGUGCGGUGGAAGCUUACUGAAUCCGUACUGGGUACUCACUGCAGCUCACUGCUUUGGAGUGAGUAUCAUACCUAGAGAAUGGCAAGUAGGAGUUGGUAAACAUUAUUUAAUGCAGGCCGAGAAGGGAGUAGAGGCUAUUGGUUUAGCUGAUAUUAUAAUACAUCCACAAUAUAAUUCUCAUACAUCUUAUAAUGAUAUAGCUUUAUUACGUUUAAAACAACCAGUUAAUAUGACGAGUCGUAUUAGUACCAUUUGUCUACCAACACAACCGCAACGUAUUGGUCAGAAUUGUUAUGUUACAGGUUGGGGAGAUUCUUUUGAUACAUGUUGUCCCGAUGUCUUAAAACAAGCUAUGGUACCGGUAUUAAAUACAACACUAUGUAAUAGUACUAAUCAUUAUAAUGGUAGAGUUUUAGAUUCUAUGUUUUGUGCUGGUUAUACAAGUCAACAUAUCGAUGCCUGUCAUGGUGAUUCCGGUGGACCAUUAGUAUCAUUAUAUUCAGAUGGUAAAUGGUAUUUACAAGGUAUUAUAUCUUGGGGUAUAGGGUGUGCUGAUUUAAAACAUCCUGGUAUAUAUACUGAUGUUUACAAAUUUAAUUCAUGGAUACAAGCAGUUGUUUAUCAGAAGUAGUCAAUACAGUAUCAAUAAAGAACAUAUUGUGAGCCUAUAAUAACAGCUCAUUCCAGUAACAGUAAUCAUUAUCAGCAAGAAAUAGACAAUUAAAAAAUAUAUAAUGGGCAGACACAUAGUCACACC